UAAAACAGUUAAAACCGCGCAAAUUCUAACCUUACUAAUAUCUCCCUGUCCGUCUCGCCAUAUUAUGAAGUAUCCCUGGUUUGGCCGCCCCUAUAGAACUCGCCGCCAGCAGCUCUUGGAAAAAAAACAAGGAAAGAAAGAAACUGCCGAUCGCCUUCUCUUCCGGUAAUGGCGGAAGUUCAAACCGAAAAACCCCCUUCCCUAUCUGAGCAAUAUGCUCUGAAGGAGAAAGAGGAGAAAUCAGAUGUGGCUACAAAACCAGCGGAAGCAAAAGUGUUUGAAAAUCCAGUGAAUGCUGCUUCUGGGCAAGUUGUCACUGAGAAAGUGGAGGAGACUCCUGCUGCUCCAGUUGAGGAAAUCACUGAGGCCCCUCCUGCUGCUGCUGAAGAAAGCACUGAAGCCAAGCCUGCUGCUGAGAACAGUCGUGAAGAUGCUCCAGCUGCUACUGAGGAAGGUAGUGAAACUACUACAGAGGAGAACUCGGGUGAUGCAGAAGAAACACCAGAGAUAAAGCUGGAGACUGCACCAGCAGAUUUUCGCUUUCCAACUACAAACCAAACAAGGCAUUGCUUCACACGAUACAUUGAGUACCAUCGUUGUGUAGCUGCAAAAGGAGAAGAUGCUCCAGAGUGCGAUAAGUUUGCCAAGUAUUAUCGUGCCCUAUGUCCUGGAGAAUGGAUAGACAGAUGGAAUGAACAAAGGGAGAAUGGUACUUUUCCGGGUCCUCUGUAGAUAGUAACUAUCAGAAAACCUUGUGGUUUUCAUUUGCUAUAUCACCAGUUAACUACUGGUAAAUUCUUGAAUGAAAAAGGAGAAUUUUCAGGAUAAGAUAAUAAGAAAUUUUGGCAUGUAUGGUAGACUAGAUCAAGGAUGAUACAAUGUGUUGCUCAUAAGGGGGAGCUAUUGCUCAUCAGUUCCAUGAUGAAGCCCAUUUUUUUUUCCUUUUUAAUUUUUUUCGCUGCAACUCUCAAUUAGUUGCAGGAUAUUGCGGUAAACCAUACUUUAAUAAAAGAACAUGCAACUUUGUGAU